AUCUAUAUCAAACAGCGGUGGAAAGUCAGAUUUGUAAUUUAGACCUCUUCAAGAAAAAAAGUUUGCAGUCGUCCGAGCUCAAACAUGGUUGUUUCAACGAUGGAGCAAGAGAUGCAUGCGGAGUACACCACGAGAUUGAUUAAGGAGGACUUCAGCCAGCCACCCGUCACUGAAGGCCUGACUGCAGUUGGCAAAGAACCACGUUACAAAAACAUAGUUCACUUGUGGGAAUUUCUGUUGGAGCUUCUGGCCCAAGAAAGCUGCAAAACAAUCAUCGCUUGGAGUCGGAAGGAAUACAGAGAAUUUAAAUUGAAAAACCCUGAACAAGUAGCCCUGAGAUGGGGAAGAUUGAAAGGGAAAAAAGGAAUGAACUACGAUAAACUGAGCCGAGCGUUAAGAUAUUACUACCAGCAAGGAAUAAUCAAAAAGGUUCCAGGGCAAAGAUUGGUGUACAAGUUUCACAAACUUCCCUACAAAUACGAACCAGGCGUUACAAGGUCGCUGAGUUACACAAAGCAAAAUACCUGUGUCAUCACCGAACAAGAUCGAAAACAAGAUCAAAAACCAGUUACGACUCCACCUCUACAUACAACAACUGGCUUUUCACCUCUCCCUUCGAAGGUUAUUCCCACCAGUGCCCCUGUAAGAAAAGAUUGGUGCUGGCCAGUAGUGCCUAUGCCUACACGUCCUUUCUUAUGGUAUCCAGGUUCUUCGUCUUUCAAGCCACCAAUCUACAGCACCGGGAGUAGAAUCAUGUUUCCAUUUGUCGAUAUGUUUAUGUCACUCCCUCUUGGUUUAAAACCAUUUGAGCCUGUAUCUCCUGUUUACGAAGCAUUUCCACUUCCCAAUACGUCAGUCCCUGUUUCCGUAAUUCAGCGAACGGUAUGAAAACUCCAACUGAAGAAAUUUUUUUGUAUAUUUUUAGCUGAUAAAACAGAUUGAUGGUACAAAAUCUGAAACGCAUUUUCCUAGAGGAACCAGCAAACUGUAUAAAACCCUAUCUGUAUCAGAUAUGUCUUUACUUUUUUUUGCUGAAAAAAACAUGUAAUGCAAAACCUGAAACAAGAUCAAGAGGAACACUCGUUUGCUCGCAAAGAAAUGUUAUGUAAAUAGCUUCAUAAUCUUUUACAAUGUAAAUAAAAGUAAGUUUUUGUUACAAA